AUGGCAGUGCCCUGGGAGGAAUAUUUUCAACUGGCCUUGCAAGAGAAACUGCCUAUAUCCCCAGAGCAGACUGAGGUCCACUUCCCACCGGUGCUGCAUCUCCUGGAAAGGAGGCAAGAGCUAAUGGAUGCAGAUCGGAACCUGCGGGCCCAGAAGGAGGUGUUCCAGACCAUGAUGGUGGCCCGGAAACAGCGGUGGGAACAGCUGGAACAGAAGGAGCAGGAGCUAACGGGGUCCUUUGUCCGCUUUGACAAGUUCUUGCAGGACGCCGAGGCCCGGCGCAGCCGCGCGCUGCAGAGGGCGGCGGAGGAGCGGCACCGGGCGGGCCGCCAGGAGGCCCAGGCGAAGCGGCUUCAGGCCCAGCUCGAGGAGCUGCAGGGGGAGCGCGCGCGGCUGCAGCGCCGGCUGGAAGGCCUGGAGCCCUGCGCGCGCCUGCUGGGGCAAGCGCUGGAGCAGCUGCCUGAGUUCCAGGAGGUCCCCGAGCUGGUGGCGCGCUUCGACGGCCUGGCCAACACGCAGGUGGCGCUGAGGCUCUCGGAGCGCCGGCGGCUCAUGGAGCUGGAGGAGGCCGGCGCGCAGCUGCAUCGGCUGCGGGAUGCCUGGCAGGAGGAGCUGCUUCAGCUGGGCCAGCAGCGAGCGCAGCUGGUGGAGCGCCUGGAGGCGGCGCGGGAGCGCACGCUGCACGCGGAAUCCAAGUGGAUUCAGAUUCAGAACACAGCAGCUGAGAAGACGCUGCUCCUGGGAAGCGCUAGGAUGGCAGCUCUCAACCUGUUCCAGCUAGUGUGCCAGCAUCAGAGACAGCCACCUGCCCUGGACAUCGAGGACACUGAGGGCCAGCUGGAGCAGGUGAAGCUGUUCAUCCUGGAGCGCUCCGCCAUACUGGCCAGCCUUCGUUACGAGGCCUGAGCCAGGUAAGCAGUGGGAAAGGGGGCCCCCUCAAGGGGUCUGGCCGCUGGACAAGUGUGCAUUUC